AUGAACGAGACCACCGAUCAGGACCAGGCUCAUACCUGGCUGGACGUCAUGAAUGAGAGACUGAAUGUCGACAUAGACUGGAUGGAUCCUGAAUUCAUCAAGAGCCUCCCAUCAAAGCCGUAUGACCAGACCAGCAAUCAGCUAUGGAUGGGAAUACAGCUCGCACAUACGACCAAUAGAGAACUCCUUGCUCGAACAGCACGAGAGCUAAUCGAUUCAGGGUGGCUAGCUGUGUACACGAAGAUGGGCACGAUCAUGUGCAAAGAGAACAUGGCCCGUAUCCGCGGGCGCGUGCUGGUUCAGACAUCGCCAGCUCAGGCCUAUGAUGUGGAGGCUACUGUCAACCACGCUCGCGAGUAUGCGAGGGAGUUCAAGAUCCGUGGCAUAUCCGAGGAGCGAUUCUGCAUCAAGAUUCCGGCAACAGGCCCUGGGGUCCUUGCCAUGCGAAAGCUCUCGGCAGAAGGCAUCCCAGUCUUGGGCACUGCUGUGUUCAGCGUCGAACAAGCGAUUGCCUGCAGUCAAGCAGGAUGCUUGUACAUCAGUCCGUACUUCAAUGAAGUACGCAGCCACGAAGAUCCUUCGCUGUGGCCUGACGUCGAGGAUCCUGCAGUUCAACAUCCCUUCUCUCAUCGAAUUUACCAAAUGACUCAAGCCUUCAAGCAGCUUCACGAGAAGACUGGGAUGCCUCAGCCACUGAUCAAACUUGCAGCGUUUCGUCAUAUCCGCGAGGUCAUCGCAGCGUCGGAGCUGGGCUGUCAUUCUGUCACGGUGUCUGCUGCCAUGAUGAGAGAGCUUGCGGAUACCAAUUACAGCAGAGAGCUCGAUCGCGGACAGCAUAGGUCCAAGUCUACGCCUGAUCGCUUCUACGACUCUUUGCCCCAACCGUCGGAACGUCUGCGGACGCUUUUGGCUUCCGAUCCUCUGACAAGCAGACCCGGCCAGUUUGAGCAAGCGGAAAUCGAUGUGGACUAUCUCGCCAACAAUGCCGCAGCACUCUCAGCAGCGCUCCAUAGAGACACAGCAGGCCGGCGGCGUUUGGAGGACGCUAUAAACAUGUUCAUCAAAGCAGAGGCCGCAAGCCAACAGCUCAUCGAGUCGACUGUCCUCGAUCCUGUCCGUGGGGACAGUGUGCUGUAA